CAGACGAAAAAAUGCCUUCGAUUCCUGCACAAUUAAAUAUAUCUGCAUUCAAAUUCCCAUUAGGAUUUAUAAGAAUUAUUCAAUUUGUUUUCAUAAUCAUUGCGAUAGCCGCUAUUAACAGUUGGGGAUUGGAAUUGAAUUACCACUGUGUUGAUGGAACGGGUAAUAUAACGAGAAAUAGUACACAAAAAGUCUACACAUUUUCUCUCUCAAAAGUAAAGCUGACCGGAUGCGACAAUCAAACCCGCACAUUCUGGUCUGGAGAUGACAGUGCCAGUGGAAGUGCCGGAUUCUUUUAUUUCGUUAAUGUAACCGCCCUGAUCUAUGUAAUUUUCAUCUGCUUCGUUUAUGUCAUAUUCUGGAAUAUCUAUCAAACUGAAAAACGAAUCCCAUUAGUUGAUCUUGGUGCAACUGCACUUUUAUUUAUCCUUUUCUUCUUCUGUAGUUCGAUUUGGUGGGCUGGAGCGAACACAAUCGGAAAUGCCACGUCAGACGAGCGAUUGACUGAAUUAUUUGGACAGGGGUCGUGGAAAGGACAAAAUGCUCAAUUUUUGAGUAGAGAUGUUAAUAAUGGAAAAUUGGCUAUUUCGGUGCUUGCCAAUUGGGUAUGUGUUCUUUGUUUCGCCUUUAACUGUUGGUUCAUCUGGAAGGAAGUUGUUCCACGGGAUUCAUCCAAUCCAAGUGAUAUCGCUUAAAUGUACAUUAUAAGAAUUAUUUUUCCUACUUUUUCCUCCUAUUUUGUGCCUUACUCUUCAUCAUUUUGAAUCACUUCCUCAUCUUUUUAAAUAAUUGAUAUUUAAUAAAACAAUUUGGAAAC